CAGGGCUGCGCUCCUGUGGGCGGGCUCGCGAUCGGCAGCGCCGGGCUCUGUUAGCCGAGUCUGAGCAUCUCGGAGGAUGCGGCGCGGCGAUCGGCUGCAGGGACGCGCGCAAGGUGAACACGGGGGCUGCGGCGCGCAGGCUCAUCCAGUGAGGACUGGAAGGUGGGGGCUUUAGGCCCAGGCAUCGGAGUAGACCAUGGCCUCCAGCCCAUGGGGCUGUGUAUGUGGCCUUCUGCUGUUGUUGCUGCUGCCACUCCUGGGGACUGGCCCUGCCCUGGGGAGGGGCUUUCCCAGGCCACUUGAAAACUCCGAAAUCACUAUGAUCCCUGGAGCCCACCCCAAGGGCUCUGUGGGCUCAGAGCCCCAGGCCUUUGACGUCUUCCCGGAGAACCCCAGAGCUGACAGUCACAGGAACUCUGAUGUCCGCCACGCCCCUGCUGAAGAGAUGCCUGAGAAGCCUGUAGCCUCUCCCCUUGGCCCAGCCCUGUACGGGCCCAAAGCAGCACAAGGAGCUCAGAGAGAACGACUCCCAGUAACUGAUGACCUCCAGAUGGCUCAAGGACCAAGCUCCCAUGGCUGGACAGGACCUCUGGACUCACAAGAGCUUCUGAAGCAAGAAGCAGUGGCUCCCCACCCAGUGGGCCACCCUCAUCUCACUUUCAUCCCCACAACUCCCAGACGUCAACUCAGGGUAGCCACAGUUCCUCCCUCCCUGCAGCAUGAAGGCCAAGAGGGACAGUGGCCACCUAGAGAUGAGGGUCUGAAGGCCAAAACUAAGAGCAGGGUCCCACCCACUUCUCCCUCAGACCACCAGGGCCCACCCCACACCCUUGUUCCCCACUCAGGUACUGUCAAGAGGCCAGUGCUGGAAGGACAGGGUGGGUUUGAGGAACACUUCCAGGAGGCAGCUCAAGGCCCCCUCUUCACCCAGCAGGAUCCAGCAGCCCCUGAUGUUGGCUCAGUACCCCCGGUUGAGGUGGUGUACUCUCAGGAGCCAGGGGCCCAGCCAGACUUGGCAUUGGCCAGAAGCCUUCCUCCUGCUGAGGAGCUGCCGGUUGAGACCCCCAAGAGGGCUGGCGCUGAGGUGUCCUGGGAAGUCAGCUCCCCAGGUCCCCCGCCCAAGCAGGCUGACCUCCCUGACGCUAAGGAUUCACCAGGACCCCAGCCCACGGAUCCACCUGCCUCAGAAGCUCCUGAUGGGCCGUCUAAGCCAGAGAGAGCAGCAAUGAAUGGAGCAGUCCCCAUCUCCCCCCAGCGGGUGAGAGGAGCUGUGGAGGCCCCAGGCACCCCCAAGUCUCUCAUCCCUGGUCCCUCAGACCCUGGCCCAGCUGCAAACCGAACAGAGAGCCCCAUGGGGGCCCUGCAGCCAGAUGAAGCCGAGGAGUGGCCGGGGCGCCCCCAAAGCCAUCCCCCAGCACCCCCAGUCCAGGCCCCCUCGACGUCACGCCGGGGCCUCAUUCGAGUCACCACGCAGCGAGCCCUGGGCCAGCCUCCCCCUCCGGAGCCCACCGCCAGCUCCAUGGCUUCAGCCCCAGCCUCCAGCCCCCCAGCCAACGCCACUGCACCCCCGCUACGGUGGGGCCCCCUUCGGCGGGUCCUGAGCUUCUCCUGGGAGCUGCACGUCUACGGGGUGGGGGUACUCUUUCUGCUGCCCGCGUUGUUGGCGCUGGCUGCGCUGGCAGCCGCCCCAGCAGGGCCCCGGCUGGCAUUGGUGGCCGCGGUGCUGGUGCUCGUGGCUUCGGGGCUGCGAUCCGCCUACAUGCUUACCGACCCUUACGGCUCGCAGGCGCGGCUGGGCGUUCGCGGGGGCCUGGUGCUCUACAACCUGCCCUUCCCCUUGCUGCUUACGGCGCUGGCAGCCCUGACUCUGCUCGGCCUGGGCGCGGGGCUGCCGCCACCGCUGCAAAACCCACUCCUGCUGGGAGCAGUGGCGCUGGUGCAUGGUGUAGGGUUGCUCGCGACAGACCUGCUGUCCACAUGGUCUGUGCUCAACCUCCUGACGCAGGGCUUGUCGUGCGCCUGGGGCGCGGCCGUGGCUCUGGGCACGCUCUGCCUGUGCCGUCGCCGCCUGCUGGACGGCCCACGGGGCUGGGAUGCCAGCCCGGGCCCUCGGCUGUUGGCUGUGGCGGGCGCGCUGGGGCUGCUGGCUAGCGGCUUGCAGCUGGCGGCUGCGCUCUGGCUGUACCCGGGCCCAGGCCGCGUGGGCCGCUUCUCGUGGGCCUGGUGGGGUGUCCACUUCUGGCUGCGCCUCCUGGAGCUGACAUGGGCGCUCGCCCUGGCGUUGGCCGCGGUGGCUGCCGCGAGACCCAGGCCGCCCACGGAGCACGCUUGCUGGGCUAAGCUGAUGCGUCUGGCGUGCCCGGCGCCGUCAGGAAAGAGCGAGGUGCCGGAGCGACCCAAUAACUGCUAUGCAGGGCCCAGCAACGUUGGUGCAGGCAGCUUGGACAUCAGCAAGAGCCUCAUCCGCAACCCGGCGGAGAGUGGGCAGCUGGCCACGCCCAGUUCAGGCGCCUGGGGCUCGGCUGCGUCGUUGGGUCGCGGACCCCAGGGUGGCCCGGGACUGUCCCGCAACGGUGUGGGACCGGCGCCAUCGCUGAGCGAGCUGGAUCUGCGGCCGCCAUCGCCCAUCAACCUGAGCCGCAGCAUCGACGCCGCGCUCUUCCGCGAGCACCUGGUGCGAGACAGUGUGUUCCAGCGCUGCGGCCUCCGCGGCCUGGCCUCCCCGCCGCCUGGAGGCGCUCUGCGGCCGCGCCGGGGCAGCCAUCCCAAAGCCGAGCUCGACGACGCUGUCUCCUCGCUCCUCCGCGGCCGCUGCAGGUCGCUCAGCGACGUGCGCGUGCGCGGGCCGCUCCCACAGCACGUAGUGGAAGCACCCGACGGGGCAGCCGCUGCGGCUUCUGGCAGCUCUCUCGACAGCUUCUCCAGGGGUUCACUCAAGAUCAGUUGGAACCCCUGGCGCCACGGGCUGUCAUCAGUGGACAGUCUGCCCCUAGAUGAGUUGCCCAGCACGGUACAGCUACUGCCUGCCCCGACCCCAGCCCCUGAUUCUACCGCCGCUCGGCAGGGGGACGGCCAGGGAGAGGUCCAGCCGCGCGGCAAGCCUGGGGAAUCCCGCAGCGCCUCCAGUGAUACCAUCGAGCUUUGAAGAGCGGUCCUGACGCAGGGCCAGGACCCUGCCCGAUGCCCACAUGGCAUGGCCUACUGGGACAGUUGAGCCUUUAAAAAAUGGGCAUCCUGGCCAGGCGCGGUGGCUCACGCCAGGAAUCCCAGCACUUUGGGAGGCCGAGGUGGGUGGAUCACGAGGUCAGGAGUUCGAGAUCAGCCUCCUGGUCUCGAACAUAGCGAAACCCUCGUCUCUACUAAAAAUACAAAAAAAUUAGCCAGGUGGCACACGCCUGUAGUCCCAGCUACUCGGGAGGCUGAGGCGGGAGAAUUGCUUGAACAGGGAGGCAGAGGUUGCAGUGAGCCGAGACCACGCCAUUGCACUCCAGCCUGGGUGACAAGAGUGAGACUCCGUCUCAAAAAAAAAAAAAAAAAAAAAAAGGCAUCCCCAGGCCUCUCUACCUGACGGCAACCCCCGGGGGACAGCCAGGUUUGAACUCACCCCACCCCCAUGCCGUUUUUUGCUUUUAAUAUUUCUAUUUUUUUUCAGCCGGCAUUUUGCACAGAGGCCGUGUCUUAUGCGGAAUACAGGGUGGGUGUGCAUGGAUUCGGGCAUGAAGAACAGGGAGCAGGUGCCCCAGACUCCCCAACGUGGAGUGAUGAGCCUCGCUUGUCUAGAUUGUCCUCUUUGUGCCAAAGAAAUAAACCCUUAGGACUUGG